AUGCAAUACUUCGGUAUUCGUACCAUAUCACCGACACAGGCGGCCAUCUAUGUCAUUCAAACUCCGGAUGUUGAUGCAGCACCCAAAACGACUUUCUCCGAUCGGAAUUUAGUCUCACAAAAUGAGUUGACCAAUCUGGCGGAAAAAGUGGGCAAACGAUUCACAUUCCACGCGAUUGUUCGGGACAAUGGAUAUCCUCGUCAAUUGUCUGCAAGAACUGAAGUUACCGUCCUGGUGCUCGACGUGAAUGAUAUGCCACCGAGUAUUUUUGUCAGUUACCUGACCACCACUCAGACUGGGAAUCAACACUCGAGUCGUUUAGAUUUCGGUCGGGCACCAACUCCGGGAGAACGAAACCACGGUCAGGUGAAGGAGAAUUCCGAUAGGGCUUUUAUAGCAUUUGUAACAGUGCAGGAUUUUGAUUCUGGUGUUUGGGGUCAAGUACGUUGUUUCACAAAUAACGAUGCAUUCGAAUUGAUUCCGGUGAACGAAGCACCUGCCGGUGCAGGUGAUUCUUUGGGUCAGUUUAUUCCACUGCAUCAAUCCGUCGGUGGUGCUGAAGUUGGUGUUGGAGAGACAGGUUUUAAACUACUCGCCACAAAGCCAUUCGAUCGAGAACAAACAUCUGAGGUGUCUUUCCACAUUAUCUGCGUGGAUAAUCCCCAGUACAUUGGAAGCAGUUCGGCAAAUUAUGAAAACCCAAUUAAUCCGUAUUUUACAUCACAAUCCUCGUACGGACCUAUUGCACCAACGGCCGGUACAGUUCAACUAACGGGAACCGCAUUGGUCCGAGUAGUGAUUAUCGAUGAGAACGAUAACAUACCCAAAUUCUCUCGCACCCAAUACUCCUUCAUUAUGGACGAGGCUGAUGGAUCCGUUGUUCGGGGUCACCUGAUGCUGACAUCAGACAGCCAGUUGUUCGUGGGGCGCGUGAGCGCGUCGGAUCAGGACUCGACAAGUCAGGUUAUCUACAGUCUAGCGGAAGAUUUGCUGAGCCAAUUUCGUAUCGAACCGGAAAGUGGUAAAAUCUUCGCCUUGCAUCAGUUCGAUCGUGAAGACAUAUUGCUCAAAGUGAAGCAGGGCGAAUAUCCCCAAACGGAUACGCUUCGUGCGGAAGUUGAAGGAGAUAAAUUGGUCUAUUUGCACUUCGGUGUGAUGGCCACGGAUGGGUUGCAUAACAGUACAGCAAAAGUGCGUUUAUUGAUUCGCGAUGUGAAUGAUAACCCUCCCGUGUUCUCCAAAUCACAGUACGAAUUUGUGGUGUCUGAGAAUGAGCAACCUAUUCAGAGUGGCUCAAUUGGAGCAGUUGAGGCACAUGAUAUGGACGCAGAUGCAAACGCUCAGAUUGUCUAUCAAAUUUAUGACGUGACAGAUCCCUCCGCGAUCGAGAAAUCCACUUCAAACAACGGCUCGCGAGUAACUCGAUUUACAACCAAUAUGCUUUUUACUAUCAGCGCAAAAUCCGGUCAGUUACAUUUGAUACGAAAACUGGACCGCGAGAAACAGAGUCAUCAUAUAUUCUACGUCCUGGCGAUCGAUAACCCUCGAGAAGGUCAUACAGAUCGGACAUGGCAAACUGGAAACCAGAUGGAUAGCACAGCUCAUUCGACCAAAUCGCACACAUCCACAGCCACUGUGACGGUGAUUGUAGCUGAUGUGAAUGACAAUGCUCCUAUCAUCACCUAUCCAACUCCGCACGGAGUGAUCAAUGUUGAGAGCGGAGCACCGGCAGGGCAUAACUUGUUUACCGUUGUCGCUCACGACCCGGAUGCCGGGGAGAACGGGACAGUUCGUUUUACUCUGUCUAUGGCAAAUUUUGAUCGCUCUGGUCAGCAUCUUACUGAUCUGACCGAUUCGUCAGGGAGAGGUGAAGGUGAGGAGGCUAUAGGGAAGUCAUCCUCAUCUGCCUCGGAAAAUUCGGCCAAGUCCGGAUUGUUUUCCAUCGAUGCCACGACAGGGAUAGUGUUUGUGGUGGAGAAAAUCACGGACCAGUCGGCAAAUUACUUAUUGGUGAUUGGUGCACAUGAUUUGGGUCGACCACAACAGCGUAAGACAACUACCACGGUUACAGUUCGAGCACAUAAUAGUCAACUGCUCCAAGCGCUGAACACUUAUCGACUGGGCAAUCGCCUUGGUUCACCUUCAUCUGAUGUUCGUCACCCGCGUGGACCCAACCUAUCUUCAGAUGGAACAAACGCUUCCGGGGACCAAUCAGUUGGCAAUGUGGCACUAAUAUCUCACAACGGUCCAGACGAACUGAGACCUCAGGCCACCGGUCGUGAAGCUGGUGUGGACACGGAAUUCGAGCCGAUUGAUCCGUCUACCUUAGGUCCGCCUUCAAACAAUACCACACGUCUUGAUCAGUCAUUUGGUCGACCCAAAUCCGGCCCACUUUCACGUUUGGAUCCGAACGGACCAGAGAGUGGCUCUUGCACAAUGAACUCAACUGGAGGAGCAAAACCGAACGAAAUCUCCAUUCUACCACAUUUACACCCCAUCAUUCUGCAUGAUGCUCAUACCGGUUCGGAUGAGCUGGAACACUUGGAAUACGGUUCUCCCGUGUACGGAAAAGCCGGAAUCUAUCCGGGGGAACCGAUAACGUUGAUCUCGUCUAACGAUGUAAGUUGA